UUUAUUCAGUCCUUGUCAGAAUCUUGUCUGAAAAGAAUCUCAUUCACCAUGAGCACUCGUACAGCGUUACUAAUUGCGCUAUAUCUACCGUUAUGGUUGCUUGUGCCCCCUUUAAUUUUGGCGUGGCUUCCUUUCCUCCUUUAUCGCUGCGUGGUCAAAUUUAUCGCGAUGAUGUUAAAACCAGAUCUAAUCGCGAUGCUGACACCGGGUGACACACGAUUUGCAUGUGAUGGAAUCCACACGAGUCCAGUGUGCACGAUCGUGACAACGCUGGAAUUGGAAGGGGACGUAGAUCCGGAUCAUAUCCGGGAGACUUUGAGGACUCAGAUUCUCGACGCUACGCACGAAAAUGAUGAUGGGAGAUUGUUGUAUCCGGAACUGGGGUGGACGAUAAAGUAUUAUUUGGGAUUCCCAUUUUGGACUAAGGCCACCUUACUGGAGGAUCCAGUUCGAGUAAUUGCAGAAGAUCUAACUCAGGAUCAACUAAUCGAACUUCAAGCCAAGUUAACAUUUCAACCUUACAAAUUAAAUGCACCCUUGUGGGAGCUGGUGCUCGUUCGUAAGCAAAACAAUUCCGGCAUUGUACCAACUUCCAUCGUGCUAUUUCGAUUUCAUCACACCAUAUCCGAUGGCACCGGGAUCUUUCACCUCCUCUCGAAGAUGAUAAUACCCCAAACUACCGAAUUUACCAAGCAAGUAUCCAAGAAAGCGGGGAACUUAGUGCCAAUUCGGUAUUUGGGAAUGCCGUACGACUUUGUACAGACUUGCCGUGAGGGAUACCAAAGUGGAUGCCUGGCUCCAGAUAAAAAGUAUUGGACUCAUGUCAGCGAUGCAUUUUCACCUUCUGAAGCCAUUUCCCACGUGCGUUUUCACAUGAGCGAGCCCAUCCCGUUUAACACAAUUCGGAAAUUGGGGGAACGUCACGGCGUGACUGGAACUGCGGUUAUGCAUUCGGCAGUCCUUGGUGCUCUGCGAAGCUCAUUUUUUCCUAACAACGGGGGACGAAUUCCUUCCACCAUAACAGUGGAGACGACCGUUAACCCACCCACGGAAAGGAAUCGAUUUCUUGGAAACAAUGUAACGAACGGCAUGUACACCGCCCCCAUUGGCGAAGAGGACGCUGUAAAACGACUACUUCGCACCCAAGAUGCCCUCACCACCAUGAAGGAUUCGACCUUCUCCGUAACGCGAGCCCUAGUCGUGCAUGCCUUCGGUAGCUUCCCGCGCCCCAUUUGGAAACAUGUCAACAAAUAUAAUGACGCGUAUGAAAGAAUGUUUAUCGGGAAUCUUCCCGGUCCUGAAGAAAAACCGAAUUUUGGUGGGUAUUUAGUCAACGAGAUGUCCGUCAUGGGUGGAUAUUGUGUCACCCUUUUAGGACUUGGCGUGGGACUAAUUACCUUUGGGGAUACGAUGAGAAUUGGUGUCUUUGGAAAUCGGAACCUUCUUUCUCGCUCUGGUCAAGCGGAAGAAAUCACACGUGCGUUUAUGAGAGAGUUGGAUGAGCUGCAAGUUAUGCAGUGAAUUGCAAUAAAGAAUAAAUGUAGCAGGCAACUGGAAGUCCUUAAAUGCAGUAUUUUUAUUGUAUGUAAUUGUAAGAUAAGCUCAUUCCUACAUGGAAAUAUAUACGCAGAAAUACAAUAUACCUAAAUAUGUACAUUAUUUGUACGCCAUUUACAUUUAUUGUGGGUUCCUUUUUUCCAUAAAGUAGCUUUACUUAACAGAGCUUUAUAGAUGCCUCUUUAUAAAUAAUAUGUAAAUAUGUAGCAACUAUUACCCGUAUAAAGUACUACAUAUGUAAAUCUAUAGAAUGCAUUCACUGGCAAUAAGUAUUUAACUAUUAAAAAGAUACCAUGUGUAACGUACAAAAUUUUCUAAUUUGUGAGAUGUAUUUGCAUAUGUACAUAUGUAUCUGUAUUUGUAAAUAUGUAAAUAAAUAUGUGGAUAAAUUUAAACUGGGGAAACUAUUUGUUAACCACCAAAAGUGAAGAGUAAAUAUAAACAACGACAAUUAUUGUACUGAA